UUUAAAAAUUGAAUAAAUUCUAAGUCAAGUAUAAAAGUUACAAGAUGUUCUCUUAGCAGCAUCAGUCUAACACUAUUUGUUCUACUAUUAACAAGCAAUUGAAUCUAGUCAAGAUGAAGUUGUUGAUCGUAGCAAUUCUAACGAUGUCCAGUUGCGUUUCGUCGUAUCAUCAUCUGGAGAGUGUCAGUGGAUAUGAUGUGAAAACCGUUCAUGAAAUAAAACCCUACAAAGUUGUCCCACCGGAAAAGCUGGAGGACGAGGUAGAAGCGAAACUCGAAGCACUAAACAAGAUGCUGAUGGAACAUCAGCAGCUACAACAAAAGGCAAUGCAGACCAGAAAAACGGAGGUAUCGUACAAAACUGAGAUACAAGCUAAGGCCGACACGGUGAAAGAAGGCGGUGGAUCCGAUGUGGAAAUACCCAAUUAUGAGUUCGGUUACGGUGUGAAGGAUCCUAAAACCGGGGACCACAAGGAACAGUGGGAAAAGCGGGUGGGUGAUCAAGUGAAGGGAACGUACAAAUUUGCCGAAUCGGAUGGAACGCAGCGGAUUGUGGAGUACGAGGCCGAUGAUAAGCGAGGAUUUGAGGCGAAGGUGAAGAAUGUGGAAAAAGUUGAGUUGAAGGAGAAACCGAAAGGAGUGGAGGAUAUUGCACACAGUUAUAGCUACUUGAAGAAUUAUCCUAACUGAAGGAGGGGAUUUAUGAUUCGGAUUAAUAUAGCACAAUUCGUACUCUUUCGUGAAAGCAGUGAAUAUGCCGUUUAUCUAUUAUGUUGGCCUCUACGUUAUUACCAACCUAAAAAUAGGAAAUAUGAUAAGUUACUUGAGUCCUAUUACGAUGGAAAAAUGACUAAAACUAGGAUAUAAUACGUUGGUGUAGUCCUAUUACGAUGGUAAUGAUAGGAAUUUUAAAAAU